AAGGAGGGGCUGUUGCUGAGACCCUAUACCACACAAAUGGGUUCAGCGCACUCGGGAUCGACAAGAGUGGGUGGGUGGGUAGUGGUGGUGAUAGUGAUGUGAGAUGGAAUGCGGGGGCGGGGGGACGGGGGGGAGAGCACAAACUUUUUGGGCCCAAAAUGUUUUUCCUUCCCAGGACCCAGGCAAGAUGGAAGAAAGGAGUCGGGAAGAGCCAAAUGUUCCGAGUUCCUGUGGACAGACUCUCAGAAGCCCACAGGAGGGAAAGCUAGGCCAGGAAGCCCCAGAGCCCUCUGACCCGGCUUCCCAGGGCUUGUCAGCAUCCCAAGAUCCCUCCAAGGGGCUCGGCGCUGGCCUGAGCCCUGAGAGAGCAGAAUCCCAGACACUGCUGACCCACUCUCCUCGGGGUCACCCGGGGAAGACACCACAGGGUCAGCAUGGGCAGUCGCCUCGGGGUUAUAACGGAGAGUCAAUUCGGGGACAAGACAAAGGGGCUCCUCAGGGUCAAAGAGAAAGGAAGCAGACUCAGCAGGGCCAGGAAUUCAAAACCCUUCAGUUUGGGGAAGGCAGUGAUUCAGAAGUCUGCGGGGAAGCUCAGGGAGAAGCGACAGCAUGGCGCCAGGAAGAGGGUGACCCUCAGGGCCAUUCCAGGGACUUCUGCAGGCCCCCAGGAAAACCGAUCCUCCAGCGUGUGGAAACGGGGAUACCAGGACCCCCAGGUGGUAGCACCCAGCUGACACAGGCGGUGGCCAUGCAGGAAGAGGCGUGGGCUCCUCCCCCUGCCUCGAUGUCUCCCGCCCCGCCAGUGCUCCGAGGCCCAGGAGGUGGGAUACCGGCCCCUGGGGCGCAGGAACCCCAGCCGAGGCUCCCUGGUGCAGUCUGGGAGCAGAGAGGCCCUAGGGAUCCCAAAUCCUCGAAGGCCGCGUGGCCCGAGCCCGGGAGUAGGCAGGAUGCACUGGCCCUCGAGGAGCAGGAGGCUCUGCAGCGGCUGCUGGAGCUGCACCGCGCGGCCAAGGAGAGGCGUCGGCGGGAUCGCGAGCAGCAGCGGCUGCGGGUCCUGGAACGACUCCGCAUCCUCGGGAACCACCAUCGUCGGGUUCACCCGCUGGGGUUCCCUCCCAGGGUGGCUCAGAUGGCACCACAGGCAAGAACCUGGGGAAAGGCCACCACGUCUCUGCCCCUGGAGGGGAGGGCAGGAGUCCGCGGCUUCCAAAGGUGCUCAGCGGGAGAAGGGCGGGAGCCGGGCUGCACCCUGCUGGCGGAACUGCGGGCUCAGAGCUUUUGCCACCUAGGAGGAUGCGGCAGGUUGGAGACACAUCUUGCGGGAGCGGCUGGAACAAGCGCACCGAGGCAGGACUCAGUGGCUGCGGGCACUCAGGGCCAGGAACACCCAGAACUUCCAGGAGCUGCUGUCCCCUGGCACCGAGGAACCUAGUCCUGGAGAAUAGUGUGCACACCACCCAGCCUGCUCCCGCCCUUGCUGGGUCCCUAU